GCCAAUCACGGCGGCCUUUUACCAUGUGAUUAGCUGUGUCCAAUGACACAGCGGAUCACCACAUGAGGACAGUACUGCCGAGAACCGGCAAUUGUCAGAGAAGAGAUCGGCACCGAUGAUCAGUGCCAGCAGUGCCACCCACCUGUGCAACCCACCUGUGCCCAGCAGUGCCACCCACUUGUACCUAUCAGUGCCACCCACCUGUGCAACCCACCUGUGCCCAGCAGUGCCACCCACUUGUACCUAUCAGUGCCACCCACCUGUGCAACCCACCUGUGCCCAGCAGUGCCACCCACUUGUACCUAUCAGUGCCACCCACCUGUGCAACCCACCUGUGCCCACCCACUUGUACAGCAGUGCCACCCACUUGUACCCAUCAGUGCCACCCACCUGUGCCCACCAGUGCCACCCACCUGUGCCCAUCAGUGUCACCCACUUGUAUACCCAUCAG